AUGACGAAGAAAAGCGACGUAUCGUUUCCCGUCUACCCAUUAAAAAAUACAGAUUUGCGCGCUAGAUGGGUACGUGCUAAUCCUCGUAAAGAUUAUUUUCCAAACAAAUAUUCCAUAAUUUGUUCACUCCACUCUGAUCAAACAGAUUUCGUAACAUGUUUUAGCGAUUGGUAUAAAGGAAAAUUGAACAGAACUGUGGGGAUUGCCACUAUUCGUCUCGUGUUAGAUAUUGAAAGGGCAGAUAAAGCAACUGAAGAGUUCCUAAAAACUGAUUUUCUAAAUAAUUGUGGAUUGAAUGAUUUAAAACAACGUUUAUUUGAAGAAUGCACUUUCCCCUCAAAUUUUGAAUUGAUGGACAAUUUUUUGAUUAUAUACAAAAUUGAAAUUAAAAAUAAUUUUCCAUUACAAGAGAGGGAAAAAAGAAAGAAAAACAUCAUUAUCUACGGGGUACCAGAGUCUUCUGUUCCAAAUCCAACAGAUAAAAGAACUGAAGAUGAAGCGAAAACCAAAGAAAUAAUGAAGAUGAUAGAUAAAGUAGAUAUUAAGGUUGCAUACUCAAGAAGAUUAAGAUCAAAGGAUACAACAAAACCAGGUCCAUUAUUGGUUGAUUUGACAGAUGCAAGUUUGAGAAAUCCAGUUCUCCUUGCUGCCAAAAAACUCAGAGACGUUGAAGAAUUCAAAUCUGUCUAA